AUGGUUAAAGUCCUUACAUGGAAUGUUAGAGGAUUCAACAUGCCUCUGAAGCACCAAGAAGUGGAGAGGUUAGUGGCUUUAAAUAAGAUUAAUGUUUUCAGUAUUUUGGAGACUCGAGUGCAAAGCAAUAAAAAGAAGUCUAUUAAGGAUUAUGUUUUCCGCGAUUGGUCUAUGAUCCACAAUUAUUUCCAUCACCCUUUAGGAAGAGUGUGGAUUCUUCAUCAUAGCUCAGUGGCCUUAUCUGCAGUUGAGAUAACAGACCAAGGGAUUUUAAUGGUGUUAGAGAUAUGUGUGAAGCUAGUAAUGGUGAUAUUCGCGAUUUACCUGGGAUGGGGGAUUUUAAAGAUUUAUUGGAGGAUGCUGAGUUACAAGACCAUCCCUGGGUUGGAAACUUCUUUACAUGGACAAAUAAAAAGAACAGAAGGCUUUAUUGCUAGAAAGUUAGAUCGAGUGCUUGUUAAUGAGUUUUGGCUUGGGCAUUUUCCAAGUUCGACUGUGGGGUUUCAAGCACCCUUGAUUUCUGCUCAUUCCCUGAGUAUCACCCCUGUGAUUAGCAGUUAUGUUCUCACUAAGAGCUCCUUUAAAUUCUUCAAUUUUUGGGCAGCUCAUCCAAAGUUUGAAGAAGUUGUUACAAGGAGAUGGAAUGAAAAUAUCAGAGGCAAUCCUAUGUAUAUCUUCUAUAGCAAGCUUAAGAAGUCGAGGAAAGAUUUGAGGGAGUUCAAUAAGGACAACUUCAGUGACAUAUCAAAGAGAGUGGAGGAAGCCGAGAGUCAUCUUGAAGAGAUUCAAUCUAAGAUACUUGGUGGAGAUCAGAGCCCUGCGUUGCUAACCGCUGAGCAUACUCUCAACAAGGCAUAUGUAGAAUUACGAAGUGCCGAGGAGAGUUUCUAUCCAAAAGAUAUCUCACAAGAGGCUGUUGAUUUCUAUCAAAAGCUUCUGGGAGCUGUUGAUCCACAUGUAUCUGGAGCUGAGGUUUCUACUCUUCAGGAGAUUCUCAACUAUAAUCACACUGAGGAGCAGAGGUCUUUUCUCUCACGGCAGGUGACAGAGAUGGAAAUCAAGGAUGCUUUGUGGAGCAUGGACGGUGAUAGAGCUCCUGGCCUCGAUGGGUAUAGUGCUCACUUUUUCAAGGCUUCUUGGGCAAUCAUUGGUCUAUCUUGUGGUAAUGUGAUCUAUAAGUGCAUUGCAAAGGUGCUCGCUAAUAGGCUUAAGAGUAUCCUCCCUGGCUUCAUUUCUCAAAACCAUUGUGUUUUUGUACAUGGUAAAAGUAUUGGGGAUAACAUUUUACUAGCUCAUAAAUUAGUCGAGGGUUAUAGGAGGAAUGGAGUAAGCCCAAGGUGUGCUAUUAAAGCUGACAUUAUGAAGGCCUUUGAUUCUGUGGACUAG